AUGACUUUAACUGGAGAAUCCACUACUUGGCCAAUCACCAAUACUAUUAAACCAGCAAGCUAUUUCAUGGUUGGUUUCAAGAACUUGCCAGACUCUCAGACGAAUAACAAUAAUAUCUUUAGGGUAGCAAAGAACCAAGAGCAAGAUCCUAUAGUCCAUAAAGUUCAAAUAUUUGGAGGUAUUGCAGCGGUUGAUGCAGCCGCGGUAGCUGCUGCAGUAUCUGCUGCAGUCAAAUCUGCCAACGCAAAGAAAGCAGCUGAUGCUCAAAACGCUGAGGAUCGUAGACAUAAUUUGGCAAUGGAAAAAGAAGCACGAGGUUCAGGAGUAGCAGAAAUAUUAGGGACAGUAAAAGAAUUUGGAAAACGAUUUAGUGAAGAAACAAAAAAACUGUUAAACAAGGAUUAA